AUGAAGGCCUGCUGCACUGCUGCACUGGUUUGGUGUUUUGCUGUCUUCGUGUACUGCACAUGCCACGCCUGCGAGGCCUUCUGCUUCUUGUUUCCAGUUGUGCUUGCCAUCCGCGACAGCGGCCUCGACAGCCUCGACGUCGACAGGUCGAACAAGACCACGUGCCGCGACGAAGGACUGCGGUCGAGUGCAGCCUGUCAAUCUGCACCGAACCAGAAUGCUGGCGAGCCUUUGAGUGUUGCAUUCCUGUCCAAGACAUGCAGGAUACAGCUGUACGUCGGACUCCAACUGUCUCCCGCUGGGGAGCAAUACCUUCGCGCAACAAAAGGCUGGGCUAAGAAGAAGGGGAUCUGCGCGCUGAGCCACGUCGACAUGGGGGUUGUGGUCUUCCAGGGGCCCGGAAACAACUGCGAGAACGACUUCGACUGCGACCCGUUCCUUUCCCUGGCCUGCAAGAACUCUGCAUGCAUAAAAGAGACGUCUGACUGA